AUGGCGGAUACUGGUCAGGAGUAUGAGGAAUAUGAGGAGGAGGAGGAGGUUAUUGACGAGUAUUAUGAGGAGAUAACAACAUCCACCACGACUGUCGGUGAACAAAAGAGUCAGUCCAUUCAGGCCGGUUUGCCUACCAGGAGAGUCAGGAAGAAGGUCAAAGUGGAUAGCUCCAAGUUCAUGACUCCAUACCUGGCUCACAGCCAGAAGAUGAUGGAGCAGUACAGUCACAACAAGUACAGGCAUGCUUACGACUUGACCCGAGGGCAGCCUCCUGCAAUCAUCACUGAUAGUCCUGAAAUGAUUCGCAUCAGGAAGGCCCAGGAGCAGCUAAGUGAGGUUAAAUAUCGCAUGGAGGGAAAUAAGGCCCGCAACCAAAGCUUGUACGACGGGGAGGCCAGGGAGGUCAUCCACGUCAAGCAUGUGUCUGAUCUGAUUAGCAAGGUUCUGUACAGGCAGAAGUGGGAUGAGACUAAGGACAGGUACAUGCUGCCUCCUGAUGCUCCUGAGCUGGUCCUGGCUGUGAAGAAUGCUGCUAACUACAGCAAAAAACAUUACACUGAGGACUGGGAUGUGGAGAAGACCAUGUUCUACCCGUACAGCGACAGCCCCGAGCUGCGCAGGGUGGCCAAGGCUCAGGAAGUCCUCAGUGAUGUUAAGUACAAGAAGGGUCACGUUGAACGCACGGCCAAGUUCACCUCUUUGGCUGAUCCUCCUGAGGUGGAGCUGGCGAGGAGAGUGGCCAAUCAGCGCAGUGAUCUGAAGUACAAAGAAGAUUACAAUAAAAAUGUGAAGGGACAGUGGUGCGAGACGCCCUAUUUCGAUGUGGCCAUUGCCAGGGUGGCGAUGGACAACCUCAGCAGUAAGAAAUACACGCAAGCAUUUGAAGACGAAAAAGACCAAAUUUAUUUCAUGCAAACAGACACGCCCGUUUACGACACAAACAAGAAGUCUCGCAUUGCUAUUAGUGAGGUCCAAUACAAGAAGGAAUACGAGAAGACGAAAGCGCAGGCCGACUACAACACGCUCCCCGCCACAGAGAAUCCUCUCCUCAGACAGCUCAGAUACGCCGGCACCAUCCUCAGUGACAAAGUAUACAAGGCCAGCUAUGAGAAAUCCCGGGGUUUCAGCAUCAACUACUGUGACACGCCCAAAUUUCAGAUGGACUCAGUACUUAAGAAAUUCUCUGAUGCACGUUACAAAGAUAAGUAUGAAAGUGAGGUGAAGGGCCACUACAUUGGCAGCUAUGAAGAUCUUUACAUGAUUCAUUGCCAGAAGAUGGAGGAAAUGAAGAAUGAGCAACUGUACAAAUCUGAGUACGAAGACAUUAAAACAAGAUGCUUCUUCCCUCAAACAAUGACGCCCGAGUAUGAAGCCACAAAGAAGCUUCAGCAGUGUAAAGAUAAAGUUUACCGGCAACAUCCCGACACAGUGAAAUUUACACAAGUAGUUGAUUCACCAGUUCAGGUUCAAGCCGCCAUUAACGCCAAGCAGCUAAGUGAUUUGAACUACCACGCCGAUUACGAGAAAAUUAAGGUCAAGAACAGCCUGCCGCCAGACUAUCCCUUCUUCAUCCAGUCCAGAGUAAACGCUUUUAACCUCAGUGAUAAUUGUUAUAAGUACGAGUGGGAGAAAGACAAAGCGAAAAAGUUUGAGGUCAAGGGUGAUGCAAUCUCGAUCCUUGCUGCUCGUGCUCACACCAACAUUGCCAGUGAUGUCAAAUAUAAGAAGGAAUAUGAGAAGAACAAGGGGCAGAUGGUUGGAGCUCUCAGCAUUAAUGACGAUCCUAAAAUCCUGCACUCUGUUCAUGUGGCAAAAAUCCAGAGUGAUCGUGAGUAUAAGAAGGACUAUGAAAAGAUAAAGACCAAGUAUCAUACACCACUGGAUAUGAUGUCCAUCACCUUGGCCAAGAAAUCCCAGGCCAUCAGCAGCAUGACCGGAUACAGAAGCAUCAGUACCAACUUCUUCCUCCCCCCCGAUACCGUGCUGUUGGAUUUGGCCAAGAAAGCCAACAUCAUCCAGAGUGAUAAUGAGUACAAGUCUGACUACAACAGCUACACCAAGGGUUCCCCAUGGAUCACCUUUGGCUCAAUGGAAGUGGAAAAGAAUAAGAAAGCUGCUGAGAUCCUUAGCGAGAAAAAAUACAGACAAGCUCCAGACACGAUCCCCUUCACUGCUAUUGACGAUCACCCCAUCCAACUGCAGGCCAAAGUCAACCAGCUUCAGAGGAGUGAUCGUUUCUACAAGAGAGGUCUGGAAGAGAUCCAUCAGAAGUACUCUCUCCCUCCUGAUGUGCCUGAGUUCCUCCAGGCCAAGUGCAAUUCCUAUAACAUCAGCAAUAAAGCCUACAAGCACGCCUGGCAUGAGUUGAUUGCUAAAGGUUAUGACAUGAAGCCGGAUGCAAUCCCAGUUGUCGUCGCCAAAGCUGCCAGACAUGCUGCCAGUGAUGUCCAGUAUAAGAAGGCUUAUAUGAAAGACAGAGGCCACCACGUUGGCUUCCGCAGCCUCAAGGACGAUCCUCUGCUGGUUCACUACAUGGAGGUGGCUAAGCUGCAGAGUGACAAGAACUACAAGAAGGACUACCACAAGGCUAAGCUGAAGUAUCACACCCCUGUAGACAUGAUGAGUCUGGUACACGCCAAGCAGGCCUCAAAAGUGCAGACCUAUGCUGGCUACAAGCAGCAUCACCAUAACUACUGUCUUCUACCUGACUCAAUGAGUGUGGGCCUCGCUCGAAACAUGAACUACAAUGCAAGUGAUUUUAACUACAAGCAGGAAUAUGAGACUUCAGUCAAGGGCACUGGCUGGAUUCCCAUUGGGUCUUUGGAGGUGGAAAAGGCCAAGACAGCAGCAGCAGCUCUGAAUGAGACAAAGUACCGUCAGCCCCCUUCAAAUUUCAAGUUCACCAGUUCAACUGACUCCAUGGGCAUGGAGCUGGCCAAGGCCAAUGCCAAGAUCAUGAAUAAGAAAGAGUAUAAAGCCAGUGGAGAGAAGUUCAUGCACACAUACCACCUCCCAGCUGAUUCCCCCGAACUGCUGCAAGCCAGAUACAACGCUGUCAACAUCAGCCAGAAUUAUUACACCUAUGCCCAUCGUCAAGAUCUGCUCAAAGGACAUCAUGUGAAGGCAGAUUCCAUCGCUGUCGUAGCAGCAAAGUCCUCCAGAGACAUCGCCAGCAAUUACAAGUACAAACUGGCUUAUGAGAAGGCAAAGGGCCACCACGUUGGCUUCCGCAGCCUCCAGGACGAUCCUCUGCUGGUUCACUACAUGGAGGUGGCCAAGCUGCAGAGUGACAAGAACUACAAGAAGGACUACCAAAAGUCCAAGCUGAAGUAUCACACCCCGGUGGACAUGAUGAGUCUUGCACAUGCCAAGCAGGCCUCAAAAGUGCAGACCUAUGCUGGAUACAGGAAGAUCCCACACAACUACUUGCUUCUACCUGACAACCUGCACUUGCAGCAGUGUCGCGGCAUGAUGAACAUUCAGAGUGAUAAUCUCUACAAGUCCGAUUACAACAACUUCUCUAGAGGAAUCGGUUGGGUUCCUAUUGGUUCUGUGGAUGUUGAGAAGGCCAAAGCUGCUAAAUUCGCCCUUGAUGAAGUAAACUACCGACAGCACCCCAGUACUUUCAAGUUCACAAGCAAGACUGAUAACAUGAACAUGGUUCUGGCUAUGGCCAAUUCAAAGAUUAUGGACAAGGCUUCAUACAAAGCUUCUGGCGAGAAGUUCAUGCACACCUAUCAUCUGCCAGCUGACAGCCCUGAGUUCCUCCAGGCUAAGUUCAAUGCUCAGACCGUUAGCGAGAGUCACUACAAGCACAAGUGGCUGGAAACCAUUGCAAAGGGAUAUGACAUGAAGCCUGAUGCUAUUUCCAUUCUGCAUGCCAAGCAUGGCAGACAUAUUGCCAGCAAUGUCCAAUACAAGAAAGCUUAUGAAAAAGCCAGGGGCCACCACGUUGGCUUCCGCAGUCUCCAGGAUGAUCCUCUGCUGGUCCACUACAUGGAAGUGGCCAAGCUGCAGAGUGACAAGAACUACAAGAAGGACUACCAAAAGUCCAAGCUGAAGUAUCACACCCCCGUGGACAUGAUGAGUGUGGUCCACGCCAAGCAGGCCUCAGCUGUUCAGACCAAUACUGGGUACAGAAAGGUCCCACACAGCUACAUGCUUCUACCAGACAACCUGCAAAUGCAGCGGUGUCGCACCAUGAAUGUGCAGACAAGUGAUUUUGAAUACAAAUCAGAGUGGAACAACUUUGUCAGAGGCAUUGGAUGGGUCCCAAUUGGCUCAAUUGGAGUUGAGACUGCUAAAGUUGGUGGUCAGAUUCAGAGCGACAACUUGUACCGCACUCAUCCCUCCAACUUCAAGUUCAAAAAGCUGAUGGACUCCAUGGACAUUGCCCUGGCUACUGCCAACAACAAGAUCAUGAACAAGCAAGCAUACACUGCAGCUUGGGACAAAGACAAGCUGACCGUCCAUGUCAUGCCAGAUUCUCCUGAGAUCGUUUUGGCCAAGGCUAAUGCUCUCACCAUGAGCAAUAAACUUUACAAAGCUGGUGUUGUUGAGAUGGCCAACAAGGGAUACCACCUCAAGGCUGACGCCAUCCCAAUUGUGGCUGCCAAGUCUGGAACAAAGAUUGCCAGUAAUUACAAGUACAAGUUGGCAUACGAGAAGGCCAGAGGCCACCAUGUUGGCUUCCGUAGCCUCCAGGAUGAUCCUCUGCUGGUUCACUACAUGCAAGUGGCCAAGCUGCAGAGUGACAAGAACUACAAGAAGGACUACCAACAGGCCAAGCUCAAGUAUCACACCCCUGUGGACAUGAUGAGUGUUGUCCACGCCAAGCAGGCCUCAAAAGCUCAGACUAUGGCUGGAUACAGACAGAUCCAGCACAGUUACGCUCUCCUCCCGGAUGCCUUGAACCUUGCGCUGGCUCGCACCAUGAACACCCAGGCCAGUGAUUGUGAAUACAAAUCAGAGUGGAACAACUUCAUCAGAGGCAUUGGAUGGGUCCCAAUUGGCUCAAUUGGAGUUGAGACUGCCAAAGUUGGUGGUCAGAUUUUGAGUGAGCAAAAGUACCGCACUCAUCCCUCCAACUUCAAGUUCAAAAAGCUGAUGGACUCCAUGGACGUGGCUCUGGCGACUGCCAACAACAAGAUCAUGAACAAGCAAGCAUACACUGCAGCUUGGGACAAAGACAAGCUGACCGUCCAUGUCAUGCCAGAUUCUCCUGAGAUCGUCCUGGCCAAGGCUAAUGCUCUCACCAUGAGCAAUAAACUUUACAAAGCUGGUGUUGUUGCGAUGGCCAACAAGGGCUACCACCUCAAGGCUGACGCUAUCUCAAUUCUGGCUGCCAAGUCUGGCACCACCAUUGCCAGUAAUUACAAGUACAAGUUGGCAUACGAGAAGGCUAGAGGCCAACAUGUUGGCUUCCGCAGCAUCCAGGAUGACCCUCUGCUGGUUCACUACAUGGAAAUAGCCAGGUUGCAGAGUGACAAGAACUACAAGAAGGACUACCACAAGUCCAAGCUGAAGUAUCACUCACCAGUAGACAUGAUGAGUGUUGUCCAUGCCAAGCAGGCCUCAAAAGCUCAGACUAUGGCUGGAUACAGACAGAUCCAGCACAGUUAUGCUCUCCUCCCGGAUGCCAUGAACCUUCAACUUGCUCGUAACAUGCAGACUAUCGCCAGUGAUAACCAGUAUAAGAGUGAGUAUGAAAGCUUCAUUAAAGGAAUUGGAUGGGUACCUAUUGGGUCGUUGGACGUUGAGAAAGCAAAAACAGCUGGCCGCAUCAUCAGUGAGCACGGAUACCGUCAACAUCCAAGCAACUUCAAAUUCACUAAGAAUAUGGAGUCCAUGGAUCUGAUGCUGGCCACAGCAAACAACCAGAUUAUGAAUAAGCAAGCGUAUGGCAAAGCCUGGGAAAAAGACAAAACUUCAAUCCACAUCAUGCCUGAUGCAAUGAACAUUGUUCUUGCCAGAGCAAACAAGAAGAACACCAGUGAGAAAUUGUACAAAUUGGACAAUGAGCUGUCCAAAAAGAAGGGUCAUAAUGUUCGUGGUGAUGCCAUUGCUGUCCUGGCUGCCAAAGCCUCAACUGUUAUUGCCAGUGAUUACAAGUACAAGACAGGAUACCGUAAGCAGGUGGGCCACCACAUCGGUGCUCGCAGCAUCCAGGACGACCCUCUGCUCAUGCUGGCUCUGAACUCAGCCAGGAUUGCCAGUGAUUUCCUGUACAAGAAGGACUUCAACAAGUCCAAGACCAAGUUCAACCUGCCAGUGGACAUGAUGGCCUUUGAGCUGGCCAAGAAGAACCAGAUUCAGGUCAACCACGCCAACUACAUCACCCGUCUCCACAACUGGACUUGUCUGCCAGACUCCAAUGAUGUGGUCGCCGCCAGACAUGCUUAUGACAUACAGAGUGAUGCUGUGUACAAGGAGGAUCAGAGGAUGAUGCAAGGUAUCGGAUGGGUGCCUAUAGGUUCACUGGAUGUUGAGAAGGCGAAGAAAGCUGGUGAAGCUCUGAGUGAAAGACUGUAUCGUCAGUCCCCAAGCAACUUCAAAUUCAAGAUCAGCACUGACGACAUGCCCAUGGUGUUGGCUAAGGCCAACGCUCAGGUUAUGAACAAGAAAGCAUACGUGGACGCAUGGGACAAGGACAAGACCAAGAUCCACAUCAUGCCUGACGCUAUGGAUGUUCUUUUAGCCAAGGCAAACAAUGUCAACUACAGCCUUAAAAAGUAUAAACAGGCACAUGAGGAUGCCAAGAAGAAAGGCUAUGAUAUGCGCAAUGAUGCCGUUUCAAUCAUCGCAGCCAAGGCCUCCAGGGACAUUGCCAGUGAUUACAAAUAUAAGACAGGAUACCGUAAGCAGGUCGGUCACCACAUCGGGGCUCGCAGUGUCCAGGACGACCCUCUGCUCAUGCUGGCUCUGAACUCAGCCAGGAUUGCCAGUGAUUUCCUGUACAAGAAGGACUUCAACAAGUCCAAGACCAAGUUCCACCUGCCAGUGGACAUGAUGGCCUUUGAGCUGGCCAAGAAGAACCAGAUUCAGGUCAACCACGCCAACUACAUCACCCGUCUCCACAACUGGACUUGUCUGCCAGACUCCAAUGAUGUGGUCGCCGCCAGACAUGCUUAUGACAUACAGAGUGAUGCUGUGUACAAGGAGGAUCAGAGGAUGAUGCAAGGUAUCGGAUGGGUGCCUAUAGGUUCACUGGAUGUUGAGAAGGCGAAGAAAGCUGGUGAAGCUCUGAGUGAAAGACUGUAUCGUCAGUCCCCAAGCAACUUCAAAUUCAAGAUCAGCACUGACGACAUGCCCAUGGUGUUGGCUAAGGCCAACGCUCAGGUUAUGAACAAGAAAGCAUACGUGGACGCAUGGGACAAGGACAAGACCAAGAUCCACAUCAUGCCUGACGCUAUGGAUGUUCUUUUAGCCAAGGCAAACAAUGUCAACUACAGCCUUAAAAAGUAUAAACAGGCACAUGAGGAUGCCAAGAAGAAAGGCUAUGAUAUGCGCAAUGAUGCCGUUUCAAUCAUCGCAGCCAAGGCCUCCAGGGACAUUGCCAGUGAUUACAAAUAUAAGACAGGAUACCGUAAGCAGGUCGGUCACCACAUCGGGGCUCGCAGUGUCCAGGACGACCCUCUGCUCAUGCUGGCUCUGAACUCAGCCAGGAUUGCCAGUGAUUUCCUGUACAAGAAGGACUUCAACAAGUCCAAGACCAAGUUCCACCUGCCAGUGGACAUGAUGGCCUUUGAGCUGGCCAAGAAGAACCAGAUUCAGGUCAACCACGCCAACUACAUCACCCGUCUCCACAACUGGACUUGUCUGCCAGACUCCAAUGAUGUGGUCGCCGCCAGACAUGCUUAUGACAUACAGAGUGAUGCUGUGUACAAGGAGGAUCAGAGGAUGAUGCAAGGUAUCGGAUGGGUGCCUAUAGGUUCACUGGAUGUUGAGAAGGCAAAGAAAGCUGGUGAAGCUCUGAGUGAAAGACUGUAUCGUCAGUCCCCAAGCAACUUCAAAUUCAAGAUCAGCACUGACGACAUGCCCAUGGUGUUGGCUAAGGCCAACGCUCAGGUUAUGAACAAGAAAGCAUACGUGGAUGCAUGGGACAAGGAUAAGACCAAGAUCCACAUCAUGCCCGAUGCUAUGGAUGUUCUUUUGGCCAAAGCAAACAAUGUCAACUACAGCUUGAAAUCAUACAAACAGGCAUAUGAAGAUGCCAAGAAGAAGGGUUAUGAUCUGCGCAAUGAUGCCGUUUCCAUCCUUGCAGCCAAGGCCGGCAGAGACAUUAUCAGUGAUUACAAGUACAAGACAGGAUACCGUAAGCAGGUCGGCCACCACAUCGGUGCUCGCUGUGUCCAGGACGACCCUCUGAUCAUGCUGGCUCUGAACUCAGCCAAGAUCGCCAGUGAUGCUCUGUACAAGAAGGACUUCAACAAGUCCAAGACCAAGUUCAACCUGCCAGUGGACAUGUUGAAUCUUGAGCUGGCCAAGAAAUGCCAAAUUCAAGUCAACCAUGCCAACUACAUCACCCGCCUGCACCAGUGGACCUGCCUGCCAGACUCCAAUGAUGUCGUCCAGGCCAGAAAAGCAUAUGACCUUCAGAGUGAUGCUGUCUACAAGGCUGACAUGAAGUGGCUCCAGGGCUUGGGCUGGGUCCCCAUUGGCUCGAUUGACGUGGAAAAAGCCAAGAAGGCUGGUGAGGUCUUGAGUGAAAUAAAGUAUCGCCAGCACCCCAGCUCCCAAAGAUUCACCAGCACCACGGAUGCUAUGAACAUGGUUUUGGCAAAGAAUAAUGCUUUGACCAUGAACAAGCGUCUCUACACUGAGGCAUGGGAGAAGGACAAGACUACCCUGCACAUCAAACCCGACACUCCUGAGAUCGUCCUCUCUCAGCAGAAUGCUAUUAACAUGAGCAGGAAACUCUACAGACAAGGUUUUGAAGAAACAAUCAAGAAAGGUUACUUCCUUCCAGUUAAUGCUGUGUCAGUCCUGGCUGCUAAGGCUUCCAGGGACAUCGUCAGUGACUACAAGUACAAGACAGGAUACCGCAAGCAGGUGGGCCACCAUAUUGGUGCUCGCUGCGUGGAGGAGGACCCUCUGAUCAUGCUGGCUCUGAACUCAGGAAAGAUCGCCAGUGAUGCCCUGUACAAGAAAGACUUCAACAAGUCCAAGACCAAGUUCAACCUGCCAGUGGACAUGUUGAAUAUUGAGCUGGCCAAGAAAUGCCAGAUUCAAGUCAACCAUGCCAACUACAUCACCCGCCUGCACCAGUGGACCUGCCUGCCAGAUUCCAAUGAUGUCGUCCAGGCCAGAAAGGCCUACAAUCUUCAGAGUGAUGCUGUUUACAAAGCUGACAUGGAUGAGGUCAUUGGCGUAGGAUGGAUCCCAAUUGGUUCAAUUGAUGUUGUUAAAGCUAAGAAUGCCUCAAACAUCCUCAAUGAACGUCUGUACAGGCAGAAACCAGAAACAUUCAAAUUUAAAACUGACAUGACCUCCAUGCCCAUGGUGUUAGCCAAAACAAACGCUGAGACCAUCAACAAGAAACACUACAUCGCUGCUUGGGAGGCUGAUAAGAUUAAGACCCAUGUGACGCCUGACCUUCCUGAGCUGCUGCUUUCUAAAGCUAAUGCUUACAACAUCAGCAGGAAACUGUACAGGGAAGGCGUUGAGGAGAUGUUCAGAAAGGGCUACGACAUGAAAGCCGAUGCUGUCUCUGUUAUUGCUGCCAAACAUGGAAGAGAAAUCAUCAGCGAUUACAAAUAUAAGACAGGAUACCGCAAGCAGGUCGGCCACCACAUCGGGGCUCGCUGCGUCCAGGACGACCCUCUGAUCAUGCUGGCUCUGAACUCAGCCAGGAUUGCCAGUGAUGCUCUGUACAAGAAGGACUUCAACAAGUCCAAGACCAAGUUCCACCUACCAGUGGAUAUGUUGAAUCUCGAGCUGGCCAAGAAAUGCCAGAUUCAGGUCAAUGAUUUCAACUACAGAACUCAUCUGCAUAACUGGACCUGCCUGCCAGACUCCAACGAUGUCGUCCAGGCCAGAAAGGUGUAUGACCUGCAGAGUGAUGCUGUGUACAAAGCUGACAUGGAAUGGAUCAGGGGAACCGGUUGGGUACCAAUUGGGUCAGUUGAUGUGGAGAAAGCCAAGAAAGCUGCAGAAAUUCUGAGUGAAAUAAAGUACCGUCAGCAUCCCAGCAAAUUCAAAUUCACUGCCAAGACAUGUGACAUGCCAUAUGCGCUUGCUCAGGCCAAUGCCCAAACCAUGGACAAGAAAGCAUAUAAUGCUGCCUGGGAGAAUGAUAAGAUCAACAUUCACGUCAUGCCAGACACCCCAGAGAUCGUCCUGGCCAAGCAGAAUAAACUCAACACCAGUCUGAAAUAUUAUCGUGAAGGCUACAUGGACACCAUCAACAAAGGCUACUUCCUUCCCAAAGAUGCUAUUUCUGUUCGAUCAGCAAAGGCUUCAAGAGACAUCAUCAGUGAUUACAAAUACAAGGCCGGUUACCGCAAGCAGUGUGGCCACCACAUUGGUGCCCUUAGUGUGAAUGACGACCCACUGCUUGUGUUGGCCGCCAAUGCAGCCAGGAUCUCCAGCGACAACAUCUAUAAGAAGGACUUCCACAAGACCAAGACCAAGUACAACCUCCCGGGGGACAUGUUGACGAUUGAACUUGCCAAGAAAUGCCAGCAGCAAGUGAACGACUUCAACUACAGAACUCACUUGCACCAGUGGACCUGCCUGCCAGACUCCAAUGAUGUUGUUCAGGCUAGAAAGGUUUAUGACCUGCAGAGUGAUGCUGUCUACAGAGCUGAUAUGGAGUGGCUGAGGGGAUGUGGCUGGUCACCUCAGGACUCUGUGGAUGUCAUCAAGGCUAGAAAUGCCCAGACUAUUCUCAAUGAGAGGCUGUACCGCCAGCCACCGAGCACUCAGAAGUUCACCAGUGUUGUUGACCUCCCAGCUAUUGUCCUGUCCAAGCAAAACGCUGACAACAUCAGUGAUAGGAAAUAUAGACAAGUUUGGGAUCAAGACAAGCUCACCUUCCACAUGCCACCUAACGCCCCAAGCUUUGAACUGUCCAAGGCUAAUUCUGUCAACAUAAGCAAUAAACUGUACACAAAGACAUGGGAUGACCAGAAGGCCAAGGGCUACCAUAUCAAGGAGGAUGCUAUCUCUGUGCUGAAGGCUAGAGCUUCCAGAGAUAUCAUUAGUGACUACAAGUACAAGACAGCAUACCGUAAGCAGGUCGGCCACCACAUCGGGGCUCGCUGCGUGGAGGAGGACCCUCUGAUCAUGCUGGCUCUGAACUCAGGGAAGAUUGCCAGCGAGGUUCUGUACAAGAAGGACUUCAACAAGUCCAAGACCAAGUUCCACCUGCCAGUGGACAUGUUGAAUCUCGAGCUGGCUAAGAAAUGCCAGAUUCAGGUCAACGAUUUCAACUACAGAACUCAUCUGCACCAGUGGACUUGUCUGCCAGACUCCACCGAUGUCGUCCAGGCCAGAAAGGCCUACGAUCUGCAGAGCGAUGCUGUUUACAGAGCUGAUCUUGAAUGGAUACGUGGAUGUGGAUGGGUCCCACAUGAGAGUGUGGAUGUACUGAAAGUGAAGCACGCACAGAAGAUCCUUGCUGAUAGAGGCUAUCGUGUCAAGUUGGAUACGCAGAAAUUUGUUGUCCACAAUGACAGAGUGGACAUGGUCUGCGCCAAGAAUGCUGCUGACGUCCUCAAUGAGGCUAAAUAUCGUGAGGCUUGGCACAAGGACAAGACCAAGUUCACAGUUGCGGACACUCCAAUACUCGCCACAGCCAGAGAGGUGGCUAAGAACGUUCACCCGCACCUGUACACCAAAGAAUGGGACAAGGUCAAAGCCACAGGGUACUACAUGCCUGGAGAUGCUGUACCAAUCAAGCAGUGCAUCUCUAAUUCUAAAGUCCAAAGUCAGCACAAGUACCUCGAUUCAUACCGCAAGCAAGUUGGCCACCACAUCGGUGCUCGCUGCGUCCAGGACGACCCUCUGAUGAUGCUGGCUCUGAACUCAGCCAAGAUUGCCAGUGACGCACUGUACAAGAAGGACUUCAACAAGUCCAAGACCAAGUUCAACCUGCCAGUGAACAUGCUGCAGUUUGAGCUGGCCAAGAAAUGCCAGGCCCAAGUCAACGAUGACAACUACAGAACCCGCCUUCACCAGUGGACCUGCAUGCCAGACUCUAAUGAUGUCAUCCAGGCCCGCAAAGCCUAUGAACUGCAGAGUGACCAUGUGUAUAAGGCUGACAUGGAGUGGCUCCGUGGCUGCGGCUGGAUGGCAGCUGACUCUGUCGACCACGUCAAGGUCAGGAAGGCCCAGGAGAUUAUCAACGAGAGGCACUACAAGAAGCAUGCCAUAGAAUGCUUCAAGAAAUUCACCCUGAUUGUGGACCGCCCUGAGCUCAUCCUGGCCAGAAUAAAUGCUGCAAACCUCAGUGAUCUGAAGUACAAAGAGACAUUCAACGCAGAGAAGGGUCAAUACAUCGGUUCAGAAGACACUCCCCAACUUGCCCACAGCAGAGAGGUUUCUAAGAACAUCAGUGAGAAACUCUACAAACAGUCGUGGGAUGAAUCAAAGGCCGCAGGCUACAAGCUGAAUCACGAAUACAUCCCGCUCGUCAGUGGCAAGAAGGGAAGGGAGAUCGCUAGUGAUGUCAAGUACAAGGAUUUGCAUGAGAAGGCAAAGGGUCACUACAUGGCUGGAACCCUGGUGGACUUCCCUGAAGUGAUGCGCUGUGGAGGCCAGGAGAAGAACAAGGGACUGAGGCUCUAUCAGAAGGAUUACAAUCAAACCAAGACCAAGACCCACCUCCCGCCUGACAUCAUCGCUAACAAGGUGGCCAAGCGUUGCCAGGAUAUGCUGAGCGAUGUCCUCUACCGCACCUACCUGCACCAGUGGACCUGCCAUCCCGACCAGGAGGACGCCAUCCGUGCCCGCAAGACCAACGAGAUUCUCAGUGAUGUGUUCUACAAGGAGGACCUGACCUGGAUGAGGGGUAUCGGUUGUUAUAUCUGGGACACACCCGAGAUUGUUCGUGCCAAGAAGUCCUACGAGCUUCAGAGUGAGCUGAAAUACAGAGACGGAGCCAAGAAAGAAUUCAACAAUUACUCCAUUGUGACUGACACUCCAGCGUAUGUGACUGCUGUCCUGGGUCACACCUGGGCCAGUGAUCUCAACUAUAGAGAGGCUUACCACAAGGAGAAGCACCUGUACACCACUGUCCUGGAUACCCACGACUAUGCCAGAUGCCACAACUUCAAGCAGUUCUUCAGCAAUAAAAACUACAGCGCUGCCUGGGACAAAAUCAAAGCCAAGGGCUACAAGAUACCACAUGACUCACACGCCCUGAAACAUGCCAAACAGCAGAAAGUCAUUCUCAGCAGUGUGAAGUACAAGGAGGAUUACGAGAAGUUCAAAUCCCUCUACAGCCUGCCCAAGUCUCUUGAGGACGAUCCUGGCACCGCUCGCUGUGUCAAAGCUGGAAAACUGGUCCUGGACCGUCUGUACAAGGAGGACUACGAGAAGAACAAGGCCAAGAACCAUAUUCCUCCAGACAUGCUGGAGAUCCUGUCUGCCCGCAACACCCAGUCCACCGUCAGUGGAAUCCACUACCGCAAGUAUCUGCACCAGUGGAUCUGUCUCCCUGACAUGCAGGUUUACGUCCAAGCACGCAAAGUCAACGAGCAGCUCAGUGACAUCUUCUACAAGGAUGACCUGAACUGGCUGAAGGGUAUCGGCUGCUAUGCCUGGGACACACCAGAGAUCCUGCGUGUGAAGAAUUCUGGUAAUCUUCAGAGUGAGAACAAGUACAGAGCCAAGGGCAUCGAAUCCUUCAAGGAAUACUCUGUGGUGACAGACACUCCAGUGUAUGAGACAGCCAAGCAGAACGCUCAGAAUCUGAGUGAUCUGCACUAUCGCUAUGACUACAACACCAACAUCAAGGGCACCUGCAACACGCCUGCUGUUACCAUAGAAACCGAAAGGGCGCGCUUGGCUAACCACAUCCAGAGCGAUAACUUGUACAAGGGGGCCAAUAAGAGCUUCAUGCCCACUGGUUACUCCCUGCCCAAUGACACACCGCUCAUCAAGCAGGCUAAGAUGAACAGUGUCGUCACCAGCAAUGUGAAGUACAAGGAGGCCUAUGAGAUGACCAAGGCCAAAGCGUACACUCUUCAUCCGGAGGGAGUGAACUUUGUCAACUCCAGGAAGGCUAACAUCAUCACCAACAAUCGUCUGUAUCGUGAGGACUACCACAAACAAAAGGACAAGAUCCACACAACCUACGACACCCCUGAUAUCAAACAAGUCAAGAUGAACCAGACGAACCUCAGCGAAUUGUGCUACAGAGAGAAAUACUACAACACCAGAGGCCAGCUGAUCAAUAUGCCCAUUACGCCCCAGCUGAUGCACUUCCGCCACGUCAAUGAGAUCACCAGCGAGCUGAAAUACAAAGAGGACCUGAUGUGGCUGAGAGGCGUCGGCUGCUUCUUGUACGACACCCCAGAGAUGGUCCACGUUCGCAACAUCACCAAACAAAGAGUGGAAUACCCGGUGGAAGCGAAGAAAAACUUUGCCAACUUCUCUGUGGUCCUGGACACACCGGAGUACAAGCGUGUGACUGAGCUGAAGACCCACAUGAGCGGCAUGGUCUACAAAGCCCAGAGUAAGGAGGAGAUGGCUAAGGUCACCACCACCUUGGACUCUGUGGACAUCAAGAGAGCCAAAUGGGCCCAGCAGCUGACUAACAUUUUCCAGUACAAAGGCCUGGCAAGUAAGGAGAGGGCUCAUUUCACCCAGGAAAUUGAAACUCCAGUCAUGGGCCAUUCCAGGAAAAUGAAAGUGGUCCAGAGUGACAACAAAUACAAAGAGCAGUACGAGAAGAUGAAGCACAGAUACACGGCCAUUGCUGACACACCUCUCCUGAUCCGUGCCAAGAAGUCCUACCUCCAGUCCAGCGAUCUGCGUUACAAAGAGACCUUUGAGCUCUCUAAAGGUCACUACCACACAGUCAAGGAUGCUCUGGACAUCAUCUACCACCGAAGAGUCACAGAUGACAUCAGCGAGGUUAAAUACAGAGAGAAGUACAUCAGCACUCUGGGAACAUGGAAGUCCAUCCCCGACCGUCCCGAGUUCUUCUUCAGCAAAAUUGCCAACGAUAACGUCAGCAGUGUCAAGUACAAGGAGGACCUGGAUUGGCUGAAGGGUAUUGGCUGCUUUGUGUGGGACACACCCGAGCUGGUGCAGGCUGAGAAAAACAAGAAGUUGUACAGCGAGAGACUUUACAAAGCGUCCUUUGAGAAGAACAGAGGCAACUUCAAGUAUUCCUGUGACUCUCCAUUCUUUGAGGCUGCCAAGAAUGCCUCCAGUCUCAUCAACAACGCAAGGUAUAAAUCCAAAGCUAAGGAGCUGCUAAAGAGUGGCUGCAACGAGCUGCUCCGCCCUGACAUCCUCACAGCCCUUUACUCCACUUCGUUAGGCAGUAAGUGGAGGUACAGGGAGCAGUACGAGCGUGCCAAGGACAAGUUCACCUCUGUUCUGGAGACUCCCGAGUAUGAGUCCCACAGACGCAGCAAGAAGAUCAGCGAUAUCAUCUACAAGAUGGAGUACAACAAGACCAAGGCUAAGGGCUACACCUUGCCUUAUGACACUCCAUACCAGCAGCACAUGAAGAAGGUCAAGGAGCUCACAAGCAACCUGAAGUACAGAGAAGUGUAUGAGAAGAGCAAGGCCCAGAUCAACAUGGACCCUGAGGCUCAUGAGAUCCGUGCUGCCAAGGAGGCCUACAGGAACAUCAGCAAUCUUAACUACAAGAAGAAGUAUGAAGCCACCAAGAACAAGUGGAUCUGGACCACAGACAGACCCGACUUCAUCAAUGCUGCCAAGAACUCCCUGCAGCAGAGUGAUGUUGAGUACAAGUAUGACAAAGAGAUGAUGAAGGGCUGUGUGAUUCCUGUCACUGACGACAAGCUCACCCUCCUGAAUAUGAAGAAUACAGAUUUGGCCAGCAUAGUGAAGUACAAACAGAAGUAUGAAAAGGAGAAGGGUCACUAUGUGCCGGUCCAGGACACUCCUCAAAUCCUUCAUGCUAAGGCUGUGCGCGUUCUGGCAUCAGAGAGCAAAUACAAGGAGGCCAGUAAGAAGGACAUGCAGUCAGGCUCAUUCACCACCCUGCCUGAGACUCGUGACACGGUUCACAGCAAGCAGAUCAACAAGCUUAUCAGCGGGAAACUGUAUAAAGCCAAGUUUGAGAAGGAGAAGGGCAAGUCGAUCUAUAACCAGAUGAUUGUUCCACCUGAUGUUCAGCAUGCCAUUGAUGUGGCCAAGUGUCAGAGCAAUGUUUCCUACAAGAAGGAUGCCAAAGCCAACCUGCACUACACAUCCGUGGUCGACCGUCCUGACAUAAAGAAAGCUACCCAGGCCGCUAAACUGAUCAGCGGGAUCGGCUACCGUGACAAGGCCCGUGAGGAGGCCAGUCGUGGAGGUUCUCUGGCCUACCGCCCAGACAUCGCUUUGGCCACUGAAGUGUCCAAGCUGAACAGCCAGGUGGAGGCCAAGCCCUCCCUCCAUGGAGCAGCUUCCUAUGAUACCCCCCAGAUGCGCCACAUUAAGAAAAUGAGUGCCGUGACUAGUGAUUUGAAGUACAAGGAGAAGUUUGACAAGGAGAUGAAAGGAAAGAAACCACAAUAUGACCUGAAGGAUAGUAAGAUUUAUCAGACUUUGAAGGAUGCCAGCGUGCUCGCUAGUGAGGUGAAGUACAAGGGUGACCUGAAGAAGAUCCACAAGCCUGUGACUGACAUGGCCGAGUCUCUGUCCAUGCAGCACAAUCUGAGCACCAGCAAGCUGUCCAGCAGCUACUGCUACAAGAAGAAAUUUGAGGAGAGUAAGGGUCACUACCUUAUGAUCGCUGACACACCAGAACAAAUCCAUCACAAGGAGGCUACUGAACUUCAGAGUAACGUGAAAUACAAGGAGAAGUAUGAGAAGGAGAAGGGCAAGGCAAUGCUGGACUUCGAGACACCCACAUAUGUGACUGCUAAGGAGGCCCAGCACAUGCAGAGCCAGAAAGACUAUAAGAAGGACUUUGAGGAGAACAUGAGGGGCAAGAACCUCUCAGGCUUGGAGGUCACUCCUGCCAUGAUACAUGUCAGACAUGCCACCAAAAUAGCCAGUGAGAGAGAGUACAGGAGGGAUCUAGAAGAGGGAGUGAAGGGUAAAGGGCUCACUGUACUGGAGGAAACUCCGGAGCUUUUGAGAGCAAAGAAUGCAACUCAUAUCCUGUCUGAGAGAGAGUACAAGAAGGCAAUGGAGCUGGAGAUUAAGGGCAAGGGAAUGUUGGCUUUGGCUACGGACACCCCAGACUUCAUGAGGGCCAGGAACGCUACUGACAUCCUCAGUCAGGCUAAGUACAAGCAUACCGCUGAGAUGGACAGGGCCAGCUACACCUCUGUCAUCGACACCCCUGACAUCAUCCAUGCUCAGCAGAUGAGGAACAUUGUCAGCCAGAAAAAGUACAGAGAGGAGGCUGAGAAGACCAUGUCUCACUAUGUACCAGUUCUGGACACCCCAGAGAUGCAGAGAGUCCGUGAGAACCAGAAGAACUUCAGCACUCAUCAAUACCAGAUUGACCAUAAAAACAUAAAGGGCAAAGUGUCUUCAGUACAGAACACUCCUGAAAUGCUUCGUGUUAAAGAGAAUACAAAGAAUUUCAGCUUGAUUGCGUACAAAGAUGAUUUGGGAGAAGGAACGGCUUUGCCAGAGACUCCAGAGAUGGAGAGAGUUAAACGCAACCAGAGGAACAUUAGCACGAAUCAGUACAAGGAGUCUGUGGGUCAAGGCACAGCCAUACCAGACCCCCCCGAGGUGAAGCGGGUCCGAGAAACACAGAAGAAUAUCAGCUUGAAUCAAUACAAAGCAGGAGUGGGACAAGGCACGUCCGUAUCAGAGACCCCCGAGAUGGAGAGAGUUAAACGCAACCAGCAGAAUAUUAGCACGAAACAGUACAAGGAGUCUGUGGGUCAAGGCACAGCCAUACCAGACCCCCCCGAGAUGAAGCGGGUCCGAGAAACACAGAAGAAUAUCAGCUUGCUUCAAUACAAAGCAGGAGUGGGACAAGGCACGUCCGUAUCAGAGACGCCCGAGAUGGAGCGAGUUAAACGCAAUCAGCAGAAUAUUAGCACGAUAAAAUACAAGGACUCUCCAGCUCGAAGCACAGCUAUACCGGACCUCCCCGAGGUGCAGCGGGUCAAACAGACCCAGAAGCACAUCAGCUCGGUGUUGUAUAAAGACAGUUCCGCCAAGGGAACUCCUGUGGUGUAUACUCCUGAGAUGGAGCGAGUCAAAAGGAACCAAGAAAAUAUUAGCUCGGUGCUGUACUCUGACAGUUUCCGUAAGCAGGUUCAGGGCAAGGCCUCCUUCGUCCUGGACACACCUGAGAUGAGGCGUGUCAGGGAGACCCAGCGUAUCAUUUCUGGAGUGAGAUACCACGAGGACUUCGAGAAGAACAAGGGCAGCUUCACUCCCACCACCUCUGACCCGGUGACCGAACGCGUGAAGAAGAACACCCAGGACUUCAGCGACAUCAACUACCGCGGCAUCCAGAGACGCGUGGUGGAGAUGGAGAGGAGACGUGCCAUCGAGCAUGACCAGGAGACCACCACUGAUCUGCGUGUGUGGCGCACAAACCCCGGCUCUGUGUUUGACUACGACCCUGCUGAAGACAACAUCCAGUCCAGGAGUCUGCACAUGAUGUCAGUUCAAGCUCAGCGUCGCAGCAAGGAGCACUCCCGCUCCACCAGCGCCCUGAGCGGCCCGGGUGAUGAAAAGUCUGAGGUGUCCCAGGACGCCGACCACCACAUGUCCCUCUACAGCAACGGCUUCAUGACCUCCUCUAUAGGCUACCAGACUGCUAAGACGGUGGAGCUGCAGCAGAGGUCAUCAUCAGUGGCCACCCAGCAGACCACCGUCUCCUCCAUCCCCUCCCACCCCUCUACCACUGGAAAAACUGUGCGUGCCAUGUACGACUACGGAGCAGCCGACCAAGACGAGGUUUCCUUCAAAGAUGGCGACGUCAUCGUUAACGUGCAGGCCAUCGACGAGGGCUGGAUGUACGGUACCGUGCAGCGCACCGGCAAGACCGGCAUGCUGCCAGCCAACUACGUUGAAGCAAUAUAAAGACAAAGCCCGCCCAUCGUCCCUCCAGAGUGGGCGAGACAACAUCCACGAGGCAAACUGAUCGAUCACAACUGUGGCUUAGUGCAAUGUGUAGCUUGUAGCUUCCUGUUAGCUCUGUGUCUGUUUUUGAAUUGUGUUGUUAUUCCUGUUUUGGUCUCUUAUCAUUCAUAUGCUGCUGCUCCUGUUACCUGUGGAUGUGACAUACGCAUCCUGACAUGUCACAUAUACAUACUUCUGAUUAUAUGAGAGAAAGACUAUGUGUAUUGUUUGAACACACUACCUAGGAAAAGUAAGACUCGCUAACAAACGUCCUGGCCCAUUAUUGUGUACAUUACAAAAAUACUUGUGUUCAAAUUCUCAUCAAAUAGCAUAAGGCUCCCGUCGCUGCAGCUCAUACUUACGCCUUCAAAUGGAUUCUACAGGGAGGGGAAAAAAAGGAUGAUAAAAUAAGGAAACAUAUAAAGGAGUCUGUUACCAUGUACCUCCUCCGUGAUGAAACCACUCCUGAAGAGUUGUAUCAGCUGAGCCUCAGUCUUCCCUCCACGAUAAUGAAGGCUCACCUCUAAUAAACCGUGUGUGUGUUAUGUGUCUUCGGAUUAUGUAGGUCGUGGAGUGAGUCACGUCCUCUACCUUUAAUCAGUAGCUAAUAAAGCACACCAAGCUCCUGCA